AUGGCAGGAAACCCUCUCAACUCGAACCGUCCCCUUCGAGUCAUCAUCAUUGGAGCCGGGGUUAGCGGCCUAUUGAUGGGCUAUAAGCUUCAACGGAACUUCGAUGACCUGGAUUUUACGAUAUACGAGAAGAAUCCCGACGUCGGCGGUACCUGGUAUGAGAAUCGGUAUCCCGGCUGUGCAUGUGAUAAUCCCUCGCAUACGUAUGUCUGGUCCUUUGACCCGAAUCCGACGUGGUCGAGUACGUACGCCUCGUCUUCGGAGAUUUUUGAAUAUUUCAAGCGGUUCCAGUUCCGGAGUAACCUGGGCGAGAAGACGAAGAUUUCACACCAGGUUGUUGGUGCGAAGUGGGAUGAUCACGCUGCGAAGUGGGAAGUUGAGAUCAAAGAUUCCGUGAAGAAUGUUCUCAUGCGGGAUUCUUGCGAUGUGCUUGUCAACGCGGGUGGAAUUCUGAAUGCCUGGAAGUGGCCGACUAUUCCUGGAUUGCAUGAUUUUCAAGGCAAGCUUGUGCACAGUGCUUCGUGGGAUCAGAGUCUUGAUCUGACCGGUAAGCAUGUGGGAUUAAUUGGGAAUGGAUCAUCCGGCAUCCAGAUUCUCCCGGCCAUCCUGCCGCAAGUCUCCAAAUGCACAACAUUCAUCCGCGAGCCAUCAUGGGUUGCCGUCGCCGGAUUUGCAGGAUUCGAGCCGAGGAGAUUUGAAAAAGCGGAAAAAGAGACAUUUGCCAGGGACCCCGGUGCCUUACUCAAGUUCCGUCGCUGGCUCGAACACAAUAUGAACAAGGUAUUCCCGUUAUUCAUCGCCAACUCUCCGGCACAAGAGCAAUCGCGCGAGCUCUUCGAGACUUCUAUGCAGGGUGUUUUGAAAGAUCCCGUUCUUGAGGACCAGCUUAUUCCUAAAUGGGCGGUGGGGUGUCGGCGCCUCACUCCUGGAGUUGGAUACCUGCAAUCUCUGAAGCAUGAGAAGACGACUGUUGUCUACGGUGAGAUUUCAAGGAUCUUGCCCCGAGGCUGUGCCAUGGAGGAUGGAAGCGAGCAUCCGGUGGAUGUCCUCGUGUGUGCGACUGGAUUUGAUACCACGUUCAAGCCGCGUUUCCCUUUGAUCGGUCCUCACGGCCGUCAGCUUGCCGACGACUGGAAAGAUGAGCCUCGGAGCUACCUCGGAGUUGCCGCUCCUGGGUUCCCUAACUAUUACAUGUUCCUUGGACCAAACAGUCCGAUUGGAAACGGGCCGGUCUUGAUUGGAAUUGAAGCCCAAGCCGACUACAUCUGCAAACAUAUAACCAGAAUCCAACAACAAGGCAUCAAAUCAAUCGAAGUAACCAAAGAAGCCGUGGACGACUUUAUCGACUUCAAAGACAUAUACAUGAAAGACACAGUCUGGAAGCAAGACUGUCGAUCUUGGUACAAGGGCAACACAGCCGAUGGCAAGAUCGUGGCCUUGUGGCCGGGAAGCACGAUCCACUACGUCGAAGCGAUGCAGAACGUCCGAUACGAGGAUUUCAAGGUCAGAUAUUUUGGUAAUCGCUUUAAUUAUCUGGGUAACGGGAUGACGAAGACCGAGAUGAUGCCUGAUGCGGAUUUGGCCAGGUAUAUUCGGACGGAGGAUGAUGCUCCUAUCAUCGGGUCGAAGUUUGUCUAUGCGAAGGCUACGCCUGAAGAGACUUCUAAUGAUGUUUCGUUCGAGACUUUGACCUCGAGUCCGAGUGCCAAGUUGUAG